AUGGAGCCGCUCCGAAGCCUCAAUACUCACGGCCAGUCACCCCACCUCCGCGUUGACACAAGUUACGAACAAGUACGCAAUGCGAAGAGAAAAGCGCUGACUCGACCCAAUCGCCUUCGCGUGAUUGUCAGGCUUAUCACACUCACCGUCGGAGCAUCUAUUGUGGGAGUCCUUGCUCACGCAGCAUUCGUCUGGUACUCGACGCGGAACUAUAUCCUCAUGCAGCCGCACGGUAUCCGCAUGCGAGGCUGGCCGGCGCAGAUGGAUCUGAUUCCCACGUGGAUCAUGUUGGCGGUGGCGGUGAUUGCGAUUGUCGUCCAGAUAGUUGCGCUUUUGACGCUGCUUCGAGGAGUCUACCGACUCCGCGAAUCUGCCUGGCACACCUGGGGUUUAUUCCUCACUUCCAUCGUGGGUAUCGCAACAUGGAUCACCGCAGCGGUGUACUUCAAACUGCAGGACAAUAAGGGAGAGAGAAACUGGACCCUUUGGUCCUGGUCGUGCUCGCACAAGGAUCUAGUGAAUGGGAAGAUGUCGUUCCAGACCAUGUGCGUCGAACUGAAUUACUGCUUUUAUAUUGCGGUCAUAGUUGCGGCGUUGGAGCUUCUGAAUUUGAGCCUGUUCGGACUUCACUUGCGCAAGGCCAAGAGACAAGGGAGUUAUACCACCAUCACAGUCCAGAAAGUGUGA